AUGGCCAAGGGUACAGCAGAUCUGGAUGCAUUGCUCCACAGAACCAGGCCUUUUUUAGCUGAAUCUUUCGCAGAAAUCGACCCUGUGCUGCCAGCCUACAUUUCUGCUAUAAAAAAUGCCAAAGCUGUAGAAUACAACCACCGGAUCACCACUUUCUUUGAUCAUCUUUUCUCUGUUUAUCGCAUGCUGAAGUUGUGGAAUGCCCCCAAUUCUGUUUCCCUCUGUGGUUUAUUCCACAGUGCAUAUGCUGAUCUUUCCAUCCCUCUUUUCAAUCACGAUGGUGACAGAAAAAUGGUGUCUGAUCUGAUCGGAACAGAGGCAGAGGAGUUUGUCAGCGUCUUCUGCACCACUCCUCGACUUUUAAUCGUCUGUGACCUUGUCAUAAAAGCCUAUCCCAACGACGAAGAGAUAAUCAGUGCUUUAUCAAACUCCCAGAAGAGCAAAUUGCAGAAGGUGUUGCCAGAAGAGGGAUUUGUAGUACAAAACUGGAGAACAGGUAAGGAUGUGAGACUAUCUCGGAGGUUUGUAGCCAUUAUGGUUUUGAUCACCAUGGCCGAUUUCUCAGAGCAGCUUUAUGGUUAUCAUGACGGUGUUUAUGAUAAUUAUAAUGGAAGGAUGGAUUUUGAGUCUGGGGGAAAUGCAUGGAAAACUCUGUUUCCUGGUGAUGGCAAACCAGGGCUGUGGAUGAAUUUCAUUUCUCGGAUGGGAACCAUCUAUAAUUUGGUGACAGCAGAGGAGAAUGAAUUGAGGAAAAAGGAGAUUGUGGGAGAUUCAAAAAUGGAAUUAAAAGAUGCGGAUUUGGUUAUUCCUCCUAUUUUUAAUAACUGUACUGUUGUUUUGAGUGAAUCAGAUGAGCUUAAAGCGAGAGAUUUGUAUUGGGAAGCUGUGUGCAGGAAGGAGUGUGAUGAAUCUGCAGAGGCUCUUCUGUUGAAGGCUUGUGCUCACAAUCCGUUUAUUGGGGAGCCUCAUUUGGUUCUUGGUCAGAUUUAUUUGUCUAAGGAGAAAUUUGGGGAAGGUGAAAGUGAGGUUGAGAUCGGUUUGAAAUUAUUGUUGGAGUGGGGAACGAGCUGGGACAAAAGAUUGCCGUGGCAGGCUUGGGUAUCUUGGGGAAGAGUAAUGUUGCAGAAGAGCAGAGAAAAGUCAUGGCCCAAAACCUCCAUUGGGAUCAUGAGGCUGGGGUUGCUCAAUUGGAGCUCACUUGUAUGUUCUUCCUCAUUAUAA